AUGGAUUUCCUUCAUAGGAAUGGAGUACUCAUUAUUCAGCAUUUGCAGAAGGACUACCGAGCUUACUACAAUUUUCUAAAUUUUAUGUCCAAUGUUGGAGAUCCCCGGAAUAUCUUUUCUAUUUAUUUUCCACUUUGGUUUCAACUUAAUCAGACAGUUGGAACUAAGAUGAUAUGGGUAGCAGUCAUUGGGGAUUGGUUCAAUCUCAUUUUUAAAUGGAUAUUAUUUGGUCAUCGGCCUUACUGGUGGAUCCAAGAAACUCAGAUUUACCCAAAUCGCUCAAGUCCAUGCCUUGAACAGUUUCCCACUACCUGUGAAACAGGUCCAGGAAGUCCAUCUGGUCAUGCAAUGGGCUCAUCGUGUGUCUGGUACGUCAUGGUAACAGCUGCACUGAGCAACACUGUCAGUUGGAUGGAUAAGUCAUCUACCACUCUGCACAGACUGACCUGGUCAUUUUUUUGGAGUAUUUUUUGGUUGAUUCAAAUCAGUGUCUGCAUCUCCAGAGUAUUCAUAGCAACGCAUUUUCCUCAUCAAGUUAUCCUCGGAGUAAUUGGUGGCAUGCUUGUGGCAGAGGCCUUUGAACACACUCCAGGCAUCCAAACGGCCAGCCUGAGCACAUACCUGAAGACCAACCUUUUCCUCUUCCUGUUUUCACUUGGCUUUUACCUGCUUCUCAGACUGCUUGACAUUGACCUGCUGUGGUCUGUGCCCAUAGCCAAGAAGUGGUGUGCCAACCCCGACUGGAUCCACAUUGACACCACGCCUUUUGCCGGACUCGUGAGAAACCUUGGGGUCCUCUUUGGCUUGGGCUUUGCAAUCAACUCAGAGAUGUUCCUCAGGAGCUGCCGAGGGGAAAACGGCUACAAGCUGAGCUUCCGGCUGCUCUGUGUCGUGGCCUCGUUGACCACACUACAGCUUUACCAUUUCAUCAAGAUCCCCACUCACACAGAGCAUUUAUUUUAUGUGCUGUCUUUCUGUAAAAGUGCGUCCAUCCCACUGACUGUGGUUGCUCUGAUUCCCUACUGUGUUCAUGUGCUAAUGAAACCAAGUGAAAAGAAGAUUGACUAGAGUGUGCAGAGUUAGUGCUCUGUGGUCCCAGGAGGCAGGCGCUAUUCACUUCUCAGUCUUCAGCAUCCCAACAGGAGCCCCAGUAUCAGGUCGCUUUAUCACCUUCAGAUGCUCUGGCUCUUGUGGGCAUCUUAGUGGCAGUCAACUCUAACCCCCUCAGUUUUCAGAUAAGGUAUUGAAGUCUCAUUUAGUUAACAUAACUCACUGUUGUCACACUGCUGUAAGGACGGGAAUUAGAACCCAAGUCUUCAGGCAAAUAUUCCCAUUACACUACGUUUUGUUUGUUCGUUUUCAAGAGGUAAUAAUUUGUAAGAUUUCAUGUCGAUUC